AGCUGCGGAUAAAGUAUUUGGAAGUCAUACAAAUAAAAAAGGUUACAAAAUUCUUCAUGGUUGUUCUGUCGUUCAAGGUGAUGCCGUUACCAUUGAAAGUAUGAAGAUUAUUCUGAAUGCUGCCAAGGAAGCUGGCUAUUCAGCACAAAAUAUAACUGUUGGCAUGGGUGCUGGUCUCUUACAAAAAGUUAAUCGAGAUACGAUGAGUUUCGCCACCAAAUUAUGUCACAUUACUUAUGCUGAUGGAACACAAAGAGAUGUUAUGAAGAUUCCUAAGACAGGAUCCAAAAAGACUAGUUUACCGGGAGAAUUCAUUGUUAAGAAAAAUGAACAUGGUGUGCCAAUUGUCUAUCCCAAAGAGGUUUGCGCUGAAAAUGAUCCUGAAAACUUACUGCGUGUAGUUUACGAUCAUGGUAAAGUAUCGGAAUGGGAUGAUUUUGAUACUAUCCGAAAACGCGUGGCUAAAGAGUGGCCACUUUUACCGUGCUCUUAUGAUAACAUUAGUCCAGAACUUAAAUCGAAAAUUUCAAAUUGUAUUCAAGAGAUCCAAAAUAGUAUUGCGCAAUGA